AUGGAGCAACAACAGCAGCAGACAACCCCUCAGCAGCCGCAAGGCCAGCCUCAGGGUCAACCGCAACAACCCCAGCAAACUGGAGGUGUGCAUGGCCCUGCUGGUCGCAGGCUGCACAUUGCCCAUCGGCGGAGUCCUUCCGAGUUGACUCCCCUGAUGAGCAUGUUCGCCAACCCAGGAAUGGAACAGUUGGCUAUUCAGCAGCAGAUUGAGCUGUUGCAGCAACAGCAACAGCAGAUUCAGGCUACGCAGCAGCAGUACGUGAACAUGGGAAUGAUGCCCCCUGGCCAACCCAUGCACGGCGGACAAUUCAAUCCUUUGCAGUCCAUGGGUAAUAUGCAGCAGCCUAACUUCCAGUCCCCCCAGCAAAUGGGGCAACAGAAUGUCAACAUGGCUCCUCCCAACCAACCCAUGUCACAUCGCCGUAAUCAGUCGGCACUCCCCAAUAUGGGCAUGGGCCCCCCACCAGCGCCCUCCUCCGGAGCCUCCGGCUCUACGUUUGGUAAUUUCGAGGCACCUCACGCCGGUGCUGGUGGUCAGGGCCGUGGAGAGAAUGCGGGCCGUGGGGGACGAGGUGCCGGCGGAGGCCAUCAGCGCCGUCACUCACUGGCACUAUCGGACGCCAAAAAAGCUGCCGAGCUUGCGCAGCAGAAGCGAACCACAACCGGCUUUCAAUUCCCCGGACCUAACGCCGACAAGCCGGAUGACGAGAACAAGCCUGCUGCUCAGCAGGAAGCGUCAUCGGAUACCCCUCCCCCGGCGGCUCCAGCUGCGCGGGGCGGUCGUGGAGGACACGGGCGCAGUCAGAGCAUGGCCGUAAAUGGUCGAGGCGGAGGCGGUGACUUUGGUCGACGCGGCGGAGGCCACGCGCGAACUGGUUCUCGCAACUUUGAGGGCAAUUGGCGUACUCAGGGCGCUGGACAAGACCAAGGUAACAUGGGUCAGAGUUUCCAGCCUGGUCAUCGAGCACAAGGGUCCAUGAACCAAUCCGUCUCUAACCUCGGCGGGUUCCAAUACAACCAGCCGCAGAUGAUGCAGAUGCCCAAUCAAAUGGUCAUGCCUCAAAUGUUUGGCCAGCACCUUACCCCUAUUCAGCAGCUGCAGGCUCUCCAAGCUGCCCAGCUCACCCCCCAACAGUUACAGGGUCUGCAGGGCUCGCAGCACGCCGGCUCUAUGGGGGGCCAGCAGCAGCAGCAGCGCAAGACUUUGUUCACUCCUUAUCUGCCGCAGGCUUCACUGCCUGCUCUUCUCGGAGACGGACAGCUCGUCUCAGGCAUUCUUCGUGUUAACAAGAAGAACCGCAGCGACGCUUACGUCACCACCGGGGAUGGUGUACUUGAUGCUGACAUCUUCAUCUGUGGCAGCAAGGAUCGCAACCGUGCCUUGGAAGGUGACUUGGUUGCCAUCGAGCUGCUGGACGUGGAUGAAGUAUGGUCGCAGAAGCGUGAGAAGGAGGAAAAGAAGAAGCGCAAGGAUAUCACCGAUACACGUUCCGGCUCGACAAACCAAGGUCGUCGUGACAACAAUAAUAACAACAAUGAAGACAACAAUGAAACCGGCGAGGGCGGUCUCCGCAGACGCGGCAGUCUGCGACAGCGGCCUACCCAGAAGAAGAAUGACGAUGUCGAGGUCGAGGGACAGAGCCUUCUGCUGAUGGAGGAAGAGGAAAUUAAUGAUGAGCAGAAGCCGCUUUACGCUGGUCACGUCGUUGCGGUGGUUGAGCGUGUCGCUGGCCAGAUGUUCUCCGGAACUCUUGGUCUGCUGAGGCCCAGCAGUCAGGCUACCAAGGAGAAGCAAGAAGCAGAGCGAGCCGCUCGGGACGGUGGCAAUGGUCGUCAGGACAACCGCCAGCAGGAGAAGCCCAAGAUUGUCUGGUUCAAGCCUACCGACAAGCGUGUGCCCUUGAUUGCUAUUCCCACCGAGCAAGCACCGCGCGACUUUGUGGAGAAACACCAGGACUACGCCGACAGAAUUUUCGUUGCCAGCAUAAAGCGCUGGCCCAUCACCUCUCUCCACCCCUUUGGUACUCUCGUUGAGCAGCUCGGCCGCAUGGGUGAUCUCAAAGUCGAGACUGAUGCCUUGCUGCGCGACAACAACUUUGCGAACGACGAAUUCUCCGAGGCCGUGAUCAGGAAUGUGGGCUUGGCAGAUUGGUCCCUGGAAAAGGAAGAUGAGGCUCUGCUCUCUGCUCGCCGCGACUUCCGUGAUGAGGCUACGUUCACUGUGGACUACAACAGCGGAGCUGAGCUUGGCAAUGCAAUUCACGUGAAGUCUCGCCCCGAUGGCAAGAUUGAUGUCGGAAUUCACGUUCCCGACGUUGCUCACUUCGUCAAGGCCAAUUCCUUGGUGGACCGUGAGGCCAAGAAGCGUGGCACCUCGGUGCAGCUCAUCAACCGCUUCUGCGCUCUCUUGCCGCCCAAGCUGGCUGGCGAGGUGUGCUCCUUGGCCCCUGAACAGGAGCGCCUUGCAGUUUCAGUGGUAUUCAGCGUCAACCCCCACACAGGAGCUGUGGCGGAGGGCGACACCUGGAUUGGACGCAGUAUCAUCAAGAGUUCUGGCAAGGUCACGUUGAACGAGAUCGAAAAGGCCCUGACCGAGUCGUCAGCCUACGACAACACCGCCAUCCCCGUCAAGUCACUGCAGAUCCUCAACGCAGUCUCCCAGAAGUUCCGCGAAACCCGCCUCGGUGCUGGCGGCGAGCCCAUUGCACCUCUGAGACUGCUUCAGCAGCUUGACGAUGAGAACAACCUGGUGCAGCACAACCUGUUCGACUCAUCCCAAGCCCUGGAACUGGUGGAAGAGCUCAACCACAAGGCUAAUGCCUAUGUCGCUCAGCGUCUUGCCCAGGCCUUGCCCGAGAAGGCGUUGCUACGCCGCCAAUCGCCCCCCAACGCUCGUCGCCUUCAGACUUUUGCUGAGCGCAUGACUGCUCUUGGCUACGACAUUGACACCUCUGGAAGUGGCGCACUACAAAACAGCCUGUUCAAGGUUGAUGAUGCUGACCUCCGCAAGGGUAUGGAGACAUCGCUUGUCAAGUCUAUGCAGCGCGCAAAGUACUUCAUUGCUGGCAAGACUGCGCAGCCACUCUGGCCGCACUAUGCACUCAACUUGCCACUCUACACUCACUUCACCAGCCCCACUCGCCGUUACGCCGAUAUUGUCGUGCAUCGUCAACUCGAAGCUGUACUUUCCGAAGGCGCGAUUGAGUUCAAUGAUGAUAUGGAGAACUUGGUCAAGACUGUUGAGGCUAUCAACACCAAGAAAGAUUCAGCUCAAAAUGCCCAGGAACAGAGCAUUCACAUUGAGUCUUGCCGCGAGAUGGACAAGAAGCGCCAGGAGGCGAAUGGCGACCUCAUUGCCGAGGGCAUCGUCCUUUGCGUGUACGAGUCCGCCUUUGAUGUGCUGAUUCCCGAAUGGGGAUUCGAGAAGCGUGUCCACUGCGAUCAGUUGCCGCUCAAGAAAGCGGAGUUCAGGAAGGAAAAGCGCGUGCUCGAACUGUACUGGGAGAAGGGGGUGCCCAGUUCUGCCUUUGUACCUGAGGAUGAGCGCCCUAAGGCAGCUGCCUCUCAGAGGAUGAACAACGCCAUGGUUGCUCAGAAGAAGGCCGAGGAAGCUGAGCGCCAGCGACGUGAGCGCGAGGAAGCGGCGCGCAAGCAGACUGAGACGGGCACCAUGUCGACGGAUGAUGUCGAUGCCUUGUUUGACGAUGAUGAGGAUGACAAGUCGGAUCUGACGGAGGCUAUGGCUGGCGCUUCCCUGGCCGAGCGCCCGACGCAGAGCGUGCCUGGAUCGCCAGCUCGCUUGGCCCCGGCUGGUGAUGCCGCCGGCCUGCAGCGCACGCAAUCAGCAUCGAAGGUGCCCGCGACCGAGGCCCCGGAGACCCGAGUCAACAACAAGGAGAAGUACCUGAGCUGGUUCACUCUUCGCGAGGAGGGCGGCGAGUAUAUCCAGGAUGUCACAGAGAUGACGAGGGUUCCUGUUAUUCUGAAGACUGAUCUGACGAAGAGCCCACCGUAA